AUGGCAGCAACAGCAACAGCAACACAGCAACAGCAACAGAUGACAGCAACAGCAAUCAGCAACAGUGGCAGCAACAGCAACAGUGGCAGCAACAGCAACAGCAACAGCAACACAACAGUGCAACCAGUAGCAACAGGUGCAACCAGCAGUAACACAGGUGCAACCAGCAGCAACAGGCGCAACCAGCAGCACACAGGCGCAACCAGCAGCAACAGGUGCAACCAGCAGCAACAGAGCAACGCAGCAGCACACAGGCGCAACCAGCAGCAACAGGCAACCAGCAGCAACAGGUGCAACCAGCAGCAACAGGUGCAACCAGUAGCAACAGAUGCAACCAGCAGCAACAGGCGCAACCAGCAGCAACAGGUGCAACCAGCAGUAACAGGCAACCAGCAGCAACAGGUGCAACCAGCAGCAACAGGCAACCAGCAGCAACAGGUGCAACCAGCAGCAACAGGCGCAACCAGGUGCAACCAGCAGCAACAGGUGCAACCAGCAGCACACAGGCGCAACCAGGUGCAACCAGCAGCAACAGGCGCAACCAGCAGCAACAGGUGCAACCAGCAGCAACAGGUGCAACAGGCGCAACCAGCAGCAACAGGCGCAACAGGUGCAACCAGCAGCAACAGGCGCAACCAGCAGCAACAGGCGCAACCAGGUGCAACCAGUAGCAACAGGCGCAACCAGCAGCAACAGCAGCAGCAACAGGUGCAACAGGCGCAACCAGCAGCAACAGGCGCAACAGCAGUAACAGGUGCAACCAGCAGCAACAGGUGCACCAGGUGCAACCAGCAGCAACAGGCGCAACCAGCAAGCAACAGGCGCAACCAGCAGCAACAGCAGCAACAGGGCAACCAGCAGCAACAGGUGCAACCAGGCAACACAGCAGUGCAACAGGGCAACCAGCAGCAACAGGCGCAACCAGCAGCAACAGUGCAACCAGCAGCAACAUGGUGCAACAGGUGCAACCAGCAGCAACAGGUGCAACAGGUGCAACCAGCAGCAACAGGUGCAACCAGCAGCAACAGGUGCAACCAGCAGCAACAGGUGCAACAGGUGCAACCAGCAGCAACAGGUGCAACCAGGUGCAACAGGUGCAACCAGCAGCAACAGGUGCAACCAGCAGCAACAGGUGCAACCAGCAGCAACAGGUGCAACAGGUGCAACCAGCAGCAACAGGUGCAACCAGGCGCAACCAGCAGCAACAGGUGCAACCAGCAGCAACAGGUGCAACCAGGCAGCAACAGCAGCAACAGGUGCAACCAGCAGCAACAGGCGCAACAGGUGCAACCAGCAGCAACAGGUGCAACAGGUGCAACCAGCAGCAACAGGUGCAACCAGCAGCAACAGGUGCAACCAGGCAGUAACAGUAGCAACAGUGCAACCAGGUGCAACCAGCAGCAACAGGCACAUCAGCAGCAACAGACAGGUGCAACAGGUGCAACCAGGUGCAACCAGCAGCAACAGGUGCAACCAGUGCACCAGCAGCAACAGGCGCAACCAGGCAGCAACAGGCGCAACCAGCAGCAACAGGCGCAACCAGCAGCAACAGGUGCAACAGGUGCAACCAGCAGCAACAGUGCAACAGGUGCAACAGGCGCAACCAGCAGCAACAGGCGCAACCAGCAGCAACAGGCGCAACGAGGUGCAACCAGCAGCAACAGGCGCAACAGCAGCAACCAGCAGCAACAGGUGCAACCAGCAGCAACAGGCGCAACCAGCAGCAACAGGCAGCAACCAGCAGCAACAGGUGCAACAGGCGCACCAGCAGCAACAGGUGCAACCAGCAGCAACAGGCGCAACCAGCAGCAACAGGUGCAACCAGCAGCAUACAGGUGCAACAGGCGCAACCAGCAGCAACAGGUGCAACCAGCAGUAACAGGUGCAACCAGCAGCAACAGGUGCAACAGGUGCAACCAGCAGCAACAGGUGCAACAGCAGCAACAGGUGCAACCAGCAGCAACAGGUGCAACCAGCAGCAACAGGUGCAACAGUGCAACCAGCAGCAACAGGUGCAACCAGCAGCAACAGGUGCAACCAGCAGCAACAGGCAGCACCAGCAGCAACAGGUGCAACCAGCAGCAACAGGUGCAACAGGUGCAACCAGCAGCAACAGGCGCAACCAGCAGCAACAGGCGCAACCAGCAGCAACAGGCGCAACAGGUGCAACCAGCAGCAUACAGGCGUAACAGGUGCAACCAGCAGCAACAGGCGCAACAGGUGCAACCAGCAGCAACAGGUGCAACAGGUGCAACCAGCAGCAUACAGGCGCAACCAGCAGCAACAGGUGCAACCAGCAGCAUACCAGGCGCAACAGGUGCAACCAGCAGCAACAGGCACCAGCAGCAACAGCAACAGGUGCAACCAGGCAACCAGACAGGUGCAACCAGCAGCAACAGGUGCAACCAGCAGCAUAGCAAGUGCAACAGGUGCAACCAGCAGCAACAGGCGCAACAGCGCAACCAGCAGCAACAGGCAACAGGUGCAACCAGCAGCAACAGGUGCAACCAGCAGCAACAGGCAACCAGCAGCAUACAGGUGCAAUCAAGCAGCAACCAGCAGCAACAGGCGUAA